ACUAUAUGACUAUUACACGUUCACUUCGUUCAGUUUCGUGAAGGUAAAACAGAUUACUUUCCGAACAUUUCGAUCAUGAUCGGACGUUGGGUUCGAUCAUACUUUCUGAAAAAUCCAAUAGUAAUAUUUAGUAUAUAUCGGGACGUGUUCAAUGAGUUAAAUGAUUUAUUUAUUAUACGCAUGUAUAAUAUCGUCAAAGUUCAAGGAUGAGUAUUUAGAUUAUAUAAAAACUUUUAAGUGUUUUACCAAAACAGUAUAGUAUAUGUUACGUGCAGUCAAAAGUAAGAUAUCCUGAAUUACCACGACAAAACUGAAAAUACUGUAUAAGUAGAAAUAUGCCGUCCUCUAACAAAAAAAUCAACCCGGAUCUUGUGAAAGAAAGAAAAAAGUGUUCAUUCAAUACCUUAGAAUUAACUCAUUUAUUAGAUGGCGGUGUACAAAAAACAAUUGAAAGAAAAAGCAGAGAAAAUUUUUUCUUGGAUGAUGAAGAGUUACAAUCAAAAAUACCUUUGGAAUAUUUAAGCCAUAAAGAAAAAUAUGAAGAAGCUGUACGAAAGGCCUGCUUACUUUUUAAAAAAGUUAACCAACUUCAAAGUGAAGGAAAAGGUGGAAUGGAUAAUUUUAGGGAAAUUUUAGGAGGACAACUGGGCUCUGCAAUUUUGAAAGAUGGAAAUCCCCUGACUCUACAUUAUGUAAUGUUUAUACCAACAUUAAUGGGACAAGCUUCUCUUGAACAACAAACAAAAUGGAUACAAAAAGCAUGGACAUGUGAUAUAAUUGGUACAUAUGCACAAACAGAGCUAGGACAUGGUACAUUUAUUAGAGGACUUGAAACUACUGCUACUUAUGAUCCAAAAACCGAAGAAUUUGUUUUGAAUUCUCCGUCAAUUACAGCAUACAAAUGGUGGCCCGGAGGACUGGGACACUCUGCAAAUUAUGCUAUUGUUGUUGCUCAACUGCAUACUUUGGGAAAGAACCACGGAAUUCACCCAUUUAUAGUUCAAUUAAGAGAUGAGGAAACCCACAUGCCCCUACCUGGAAUUAAAAUCGGGGAAAUAGGAUGUAAGCUAGGAAUGAAUAGUACUAACAACGGAUAUUUAGGUUUUGAAAAUGUUAGAAUACCUAGAACUAAUAUGUUAAUGAAGAAUACCAGAGUAUUACCUGAUGGUACUUAUGUUGAGUCGCCUAGCAGUAAACUAACAUAUGGCACUAUGAUAUUUGUUAGAGUAGUUUUAGUACAAGACUGUGCUACAUAUUUGAAAAAAGUUUGUACAAUUGCAACCAGAUACAGUGCUGUUCGCCACCAGUCGCAAAUAAAACCCUCAGAACCGGAAGUCCAAAUUUUAGAUUUUCUCACACAGCAAUACAAAAUAUUUCCUUAUAUUGCAUCUUGUUUUGCAUUCCAAUAUGCUGCUGCAUUGAUUUGGGAUACAUACAACUCUGUUAGUAGUGAAUUAGAAACUGGUCAGUUUGACAAUUUACCUGAACUACAUGCAACAGCCUGUGUUCUAAAAGCAGUAUGCACAGAAGAAUGUAGUCGAGGUGUAGAAACCUUAAGGUUGGCUUGUGGAGGUCAUGGAUAUAUGGCAGCUUCAAACCUACCAGCUACUUAUGGAUUAGUUACUGCCAUGUGUACAUAUGAAGGUGAAAACACUGUACUUCUCUUACAAACGGCAAGGUUUCUAAUAAAAGUUUUACAAAACGAACAGAAUAAACCAAUGUUACCUACAAUGAAAUAUUUACAAGAUGCAUUGCGAGUUCAAGCGCCUUUCCAGAAAUCUGUUAAUUGGAUACUGACAGCUUUACAAAAAACAGCAGCAGGUAAACUUGACCUGGCGAACAAACAUAUCAAUGAGAGAGUGAAAAAAGGUAUGGCAUAUGAGGAUGCUUGGAAUAUGACUUCGAUUGAGUUGGUACAAGCUGCUGAUAUGCACGGUCGAGUAUUCUUAGUAAACACUUUCAUCAUUUCUGUUCAAAAGUUUAAAUCUCAAGUCUCUCAAGAAUUAUGGAUAGUUCUAGAUCAGCUUCUCCAAUUAUAUGCAGUAAAUACUAUUUUGAAACUCACUGGAGACAUGUUCAAGUUUACUGAACUUCAAGGAAAAGAUGUAGAAGUACUUCAAAGUUGGCUAGAAGAACUUUUAAUAUUGAUAAGGCCAAAUGCUGUAGGGCUUGUGGACAGUUUCGAUUUCAGAGAUGAAGUUCUUUCUUCAGCUUUAGGAGCUUAUGAUGGUAACGUUUAUGAAAGAUUAUUUGAAGAAACUCGGAAGAGUCCACUAAAUGCUGAGCCAGUAAAUAAGUCAUUUAAAGAGUUCUUGAAACCGUUCAUGAAAGCUCAGCUAUAAUUUAUGAAAAAAUAUAGGAUGUCCCAGACUAAACAAUCAUAGUCAUUAUUUUGAUACUCAGUUUCUUUUCAUCAUAAUAGUAAUAUAUACUAAUCAUAAAAUGACUAUAAUAACAGAUAUAAAUUAAUAUUAUAAACCAAUACAAAGUAGUAAGAGACCUUAAAAGUGGUAAAAACUGAUAAUCUACUAAAAGGCCAAAAUUAGAGGGACCAAUUUUUUUAUUUUGGCUUUAUUGUUACACUAUCAAAAAUAUUAUUCGUGACUGCAACAUAUCGAGUUAUUGAAAGGCGACUGUAUCUUUACAAUUCCGUUUAAGUUACACUUACAAAUGCUUACUAAACAAUGAAGCGGAUUUUGUGGUUAUAAGCUUCAUACUUUUUACGUAAACUCUGCUAACAAGUGUAUCUUGAACAGCCAUACCCAAUAAAAUUUGUAUGGCUUGCAUGUACCAUCCAAACCGGAAACGUUCUGUUGGACAUCGAUAGCUGUAUCCUAUGGUUCUUAUAGUUUCGGCGCUCAAUAAAAAAUAACAAAAUUUUAUUAUAUUAUGUUGUUUUUUCUGGGUUUAUAGUGAUCAAGUAAUUUAAAUUAAUGAAAUACCUAAUAAUAUUAAUACCACUAACAGUAGGCACGAGUUAAUUUUCUUACCUACCUGUUAAGUUAUAAUGACGCAAGGAUCUGUUGCAUUGGCUUCAAGGUACCCACUAUUAAGAGCAAUAAUCCACCAUAAUGUUCCAAAUAAUAGAAAACUGCCCCUGUUUACCAAAAAUUAAAUCAUGAUUAUCCAGCACCAUCUGAUUCCGAGCAGCGUGUUGCCUAAAUCUCUCAUACACAUUUUUGUGACAAAGUUGUUCAGUUUGCCAAAUUUACUUAUUAUUCUUGAUAGGCCAAUGUUUGUUCUCAAUUUGUUACAUAUCACUCAAUGAUAGCAAAAUUUCCACUUCACUUUUAUAGGUUUAUGAAAGUUUUAUUGAAAGAACCAAAAAUAUUUAUAUCUAAUACCUCCUUAUUUACUUUAUUAGCCAGAGCUCUACUUUCUAAAAUAUUAUCACAUUAUUUAAAAUGAUGUAACUCGCUAUCAUCGUCUGCAUCAGAGAAUGUUGGAAGUGUAUAGUUAAAUUUUAGUUAUAUCCUUUGUAGUGGUUGUAUGUAUUUGACAGUUUAAAUUCCACUAGAUUUUAUUUUGAACAGAAUAAUACGAUAGAAAUUCUAUUGUCAAAUACGUGAAAAGAGCUAAUAUCUCUGAAUGACCAAGCAUCGACUUUGCAUCGCAUAUUAAAACUUUUUACAAUGUGUCGACUCUUGCUUAUUGGUAAUUUUGAUUUGAUGAUGCUGUAUACUCAAUACCUUCUUUACAUAUGCAUGAUAAUGAUAGUUCAAGACUUAGUAACUGAUUUUUAUAUAUGUAUAUAUAUUUCUAUAUUGGGUUUUUCAACACUUUAAAAUUAUGUUAAAAAUGAUAUCUAAUUUGAUAUUAAAAUGAAUUUAAAUAACUUUUAAAUAGUGUUAUCGAUAGGUUAGAUCUGGGCGAAACAUUGGAUUAUCAAUUUUAAAUCAACUGUCUAAAACUUUUUAAGUUAGUGUAUAACGUAUACAAAUGAGUGAUGUCCUCUUGUUUAAUUAAAAACAUAGUAGGGAAUUUUAAUGACUUACAUAAUAAAUGAGUACAUUAUUCGCACAAAUCUAGCAUUUUUAUAUAUUUUUGAAGAUUUUAUACGAUAUGUUAUUAUUUAUUAUAAUUAUAAUUAUUCAAA